UAGGGAACAAGGAUAAAGAUUUAGGAUCUGGGGCAAAAUCAUGAUGACUGGAUUUCGGCUGAACUUGUCGCCUCUGAAGGAGCCUCUGGGCUUCGUCAAACUGGUGGAGUGGCUCACAGCCAUCUUUGCAUUUGGAAGCUGCGGCGGCUUCUCAGGGAGGAACAUCGUCUCUCUGGUCUGCGGCGAUGGGAAGAACGAAACUCUCAAUGCGACCUUUCACUAUCCGUUUAGGUUAAGCCAGGUGCGGCUGGUGGACGGCAACACCACUCUGUGUAACCACUCGGUCACGACGACACACCUGAUGGGAGACUCGUCCUCCUCGGCGGAGUUCUUUGUGGGCGUCGCCGUCAUCUGCUUCCUGUACAGCAUGGUGGCUCUGCUGGUCUAUCUGGGCUACAUGCACGUCUACAAGGACUCCGACUUUGGACCCAUGUUUGACUUUGUGGUGACAGCGGCCUUGGCCAUCUUGUGGCUGGUGUGCUCGUCCGCCUGGGCCAAAGGCCUGCAGAACGUGAAGGACGCCACGGACACCGACGGCAUCGGCGCCACGCUGGCACUCUGCAAGGGGAGCAACGUCACCUGCGAGGUCACGGAGUUCGCCAGCAUGCGCACCCUCAACAUUUCUGUGUUGUUUGGCUACCUCAACAUGUUUGUGUGGGCGGGCAACGCCUGGUUUGUGUACAAGGAGACGCGCUGGCACUCUCAGAAAUACUCCUCUCAGCCUGGGCCUGCACGGCAGCAGGUCCCUGCACCCAUCUAACAUGUAACAGACACACACACACACACACACACAUACACACACACACACACACACACAC